AUGCCAACUCCUCAAUGGGAACCAGCCGAGGUACUCCGACUUGACCCCUACUCAUCCGGCUUCACAUGUAUCGGCUACGCCCCGUCGAAAGGCCGGAGAUGUCGUAACCCCAUCGCAUGUGCCAACCGUCAGGACUCUGCAAAGAUACUACUGGAGAUGUCGAGACUUGAUCCUCAGUCCCAAAGAGUCGAUGACGAACUUGAAGACCUAGCGUCUCGCCUUCUUUGCAGGAGAUGGCACCAGGACCAAGCACUAGAUAUGAAGAGACAGUGGCGACGUAACAUUGAGAGUUACCGAGCUGCCGAAACUGCUCGUCUACGUGAGCGUACGGAGUACCUGGUGCAACUCCUAUUCACAGCUGCAGAAGUCCGGGCAGAGCGAUCGAGCACAGUCCGGGCAGAGAGGUCGAGCACAGUCCAGGCAGAGCGGUCAAGCCCAGUCCGGGCAGAGAGGUCGAGUGCAGUCCAGGCACAACAGUCGAGCACAGUCCAGGCAGAGAGAUCGAGUGCAGUCCGGGCAGAACAGUCGAGCACAGUCCGGGCAGAGAGGUCGAGUGCAGUCCAGGCACAACAGUCGAGCACAGUCCAGGCACAACAGUCGAGCACAGUCCAGGCAGAGAGAUCGAGUGCAGUCCGGGCAGAACAGUCAAGCACAACUCAGGUAGAGCAUUCAAGUAUAGUCCGGGCAGAACGGUCGAGCACAGUCCAGGCAGAGAGGUCGAGUGCAGUCCGGGCAGAACAGUCGAGCACAGUCCGGGCAGAACAGUCAAGCACAACUCAGGUAGAGCAUUCAAGUAUAGUCCGGGCAGAACGGUCGAGCAUAGUCCAGGCGGAGCGGCCAAGCACAGUCCGCACGACCCCAUCUCUGGCGCCUUCCACUUUGGCUCAAACUCGAGCAACGACCCUUAGGAUAGACCAAACCGCGACUUCGGUGGUGCACCUAUCUAUUCACGUCUCCUCCUCAGCAACCCUGUCGAUUACCACUGGAGAAGAACCGGGAAGAAGAGAGAACAAUGAUUCAAAUGAAGGAGAAUCCAGACGGCAAACGGACCCAGACCCUAACUCGUCGAGCCCGCCGGAAGCACUACCGCAAGAAACAAAUCAGCCGGAAACCAACCCAUCCCCAAUUCCAUCCGCGGCCAACCUCACCACACCAAGAGAAGAAGCGGCAAACGCAACGUCAUCCGAAGCGCCUAUCCCCGAACCACCCACACCCUCACACCACUCCCACGACCGCAGACCCAUACAAGGCGACUGCUCUAUCUGCUUCGAAGAUCUCAGCAGCGGUGGCGACACCGUAUGGUGCAGAGCACAGUGCAGGCAGAACCUCCACGCCGAGUGUGCCAGCCUUUGGCUUGCUUCGCAAGAGGCGAUUGGACGGGUGAAGACGUGUCCGUACUGUCGCGCGCAAUGGGCGGAAUGA